GCAAUCGCGGCUCAGCACAAGCUAGAGUACGCUGAACAAAUCAAGGCUGACCAAGAGCUACAUGAUCAGAUUGCUGCCCAACGGGCAGAGCUGCGCUACCGUCGACAUUAUGACAUCUGUGCUGGCAUUGUCAAUGACAUUUUGGAUUUCAGCAGCAUAGUGGUGGAAUACAGAGAGCUCACUAACAACCUUGUGCCUGCCAAACUGAUGAGGGAAUGGAAGCUUCUCUUUGUUCAAGGGCAGCCACUCUAUGAGAAAAUAGACUUUGAUGAUAAUGAGUUCUUUUCAGAACUAAUUCUGGAGGCCGAGAGACACGACCUGUUGGAUGAUGCAGACUUGCUGGAGUACAGGAGUAUGACAGGAGAGUGGCUUCCCCCUGAGAGCUGUGAGGUCAAAGGGCCACCAAGAGAUAAUCCAGUGGUCAGCCAUGUAAUACAGAGACUGUUCAGCAUUGCACAUCCUCCGACUCCACCCCCUGCUGCACCAGAGUUCCCAGCAUUUCCUGUCCGUGCUUGUGUACUUGGUAAAGCUUUCAGUGGCAAAAGUACCUGUCUCAAACGAUUGGCUGAGGAGCACAAUGUAUGCAUCCUCGACCCGGAGAUUCUGGUUCAGGAAGCAGUUGAGGCAUUUAAGAGUGGUGAAUUAGAAGUAGCAGAUCAGGAAGUUCAAGUAGAUUUUAGUGAGCACCUUGAUGAUGUUGCAUCUGUAGAACAUAGGACUUCCAAGGAUGAGCCGGGUCACUCUAGUGAAAUAGAGAAGACCGCUUCCAUCGUCAUCACAAUUGAGUCGCCACAUGACUCUCAGACAUCCAGUGUGGGUCCACCCAACAAACAUGUUCAACCUCAGGUACUGUCAUCAUCAUUGAUAUCAUCAUCAUCAUUAUUCAUUCCUUGUCUUUGUGACCUGACGACCAGAGCUCAGCUUGGCUCAAAAGCAAUGGCAUGUUUAAAGAAGGGACUUCCUGUGGAUGACCACAUAGUGGUGGAAAUUCUGGCCGAGGCAAUCAGGCAAAUCCCAGAAGGAACAGGCUGGAUUCUGGACGGUUAUCCUAGAAACUACAACCAAGCUAAGCUUCUAGAGAAAGCUCUCAGUGGCUGUGACUCCAGUGCUGUUGAAAAGAAACAGAAAGAGUUUCAGGAGAUUCACAAGAACAGCCUAGUGCCCUACCCACAGGCCACCCAAGAACCAUCGACGGCACGUAGUGGUAUAGAUGUGGUCAUUCUCUUUGACAUCAGAGAUGAGCUGUGUUUGAAGAGAGCAGCCGGAAGAUAUGAACAAGUUCAGGCGGAGAAGACAUUUCAUGAACAAUUUGAGCCACCACCAGAAGGUAGCGCCACAGGUGGUGGUAAAGUGGAGAAAGUACAGCCUGUGUCAGAUCCUCAUUACGAUAAAGAGCAGAUUCAGACCAGAAUCACUGGAUUUAUCAAUCAUUGGCCAAAAGUGCAGAAGUGGUUUCUGAAAUAUGGCACCCUGAAAACUGUGGAUGCCAGUUUGGAGAAGGAAGCUGUUUUUCAGGAAACUGAAAAAAUUCUAGAAGAUUCCAUAAACAGGGCACCAGGAGGUCCACCUGAGGCAGGGCCAUCUGAAAUACCAGCUGCAGAAACUCCUGCUCCAGGGGGACCUGAAACCAGACUGUCAAGAGCUGUAUCUGCUGUGAAGGAAGGUGGGUUGACUUAUGGUUCAAAGGGAUCCAAAGAAACUAAGUCAUCAGAGAAAUCUGGUACAGAUGUGAUGCCGUCAACCAGUAAACUCAUUGCAGAAAAACCCUUGGCAGAUGAAAUAUUCGAACCGGCCAGAAAACAAGAAGUAGAUGUAGAAUUUGAUAUUCUCAUUUCGGUUAACUUAGGUAAUCACAGGAAAGCACUUAGUUUUGUGGCCAGCAGUUCACCAAAAGACAAGAAGUCAAGGUCACCAAAAGGCAAAAAGUCAGACUCAAGUAGCCCCAAGAGGAAGGGAAGUAGAGGUUCUGCUUCGUCUGAUAAAAGAAAAUCACACACAAACAAGAUUACAGAGGUGGAAAGUCGUUCAGAACCAGAGCUUCCUGUAGGGCCUCCACCUCCCAAACCUGGAGAUGAUGAAUGGAUCUUUGUGGAUUUAGAUAUUGAUAUUGAGCUGGCCAAGGUGUUGAUGAACCACUGGGAAGAGCUGGAGAAAGCUUACGUGAGAAGCCUCAAGACUGUGUUCCGCAAUAUUCGUGAUGAGAGGGAAACCAUCUUUCGAUAUUUCUUCCAGAUAAGAAAAGAUUUCAUCCAGUAUCUAAUGAAGCCAGACUGCAAGCAGGAGUACAUCACCCAGUGGCAGAAGACAUACAAUGAAGUUCCAGAUGAUCUGAGAGAUGACGAAGAGAUGAAAGCUGAGCUGCAUCAGCAGGUGGAUGAUCUGGUUGACCGACUCUGGAGCAUCUGUGAUGAGAGGAAAGAGGCGGCAGAAAAUGAGAGACUGAUGAUCAUGAAGGACGGAUGGUUGGACGAUCAUUUAGGUAUACUUACCAACCACUACCUGACUGUAAUGCAGAAUAUGUUUAAACUUGGAGAUAUUGUAGAAAAUAACACAGUGAGACUUCUGAAAGAUUACUACCGAGGGAUGCAAGGGCUCAUCCCAGAAACUCCUCGCCUUGACUACGAAAGAGUUCCUCUAGUCGAGCGUGCAUCCAAGUCUCCCAGACAGUCUCCAAAAGAAACCAAGUCUGUUACAAGCAAGAAGAAAUCCAAUGAGCCUGAGGCUGAGAAAGCAGAGGAGCAAAGCACUGAAGGUCUCGGACACAGGGUUAUCAUUCCUCUGGUUCCUCGGCAUGGUUCUGCCGAAAAAAUUAGUGGCAGAGAAAGCAGGGAUAAACUAAAUGUCAGAAAAGGAAAAGAUGAACAGGACAGCAUGCUUCUGCCACUGGAUCCAGACAAACGGCAAAUAUAUAAUGGUUAUAAUUUUGCUGUUGGUGCAAUCAACGAUAUUGUAAACGCAGAAAUGGCAAUCAAAGAAGCUGAGGAUGAAGCAGAACACCAGAAAGACAUUGAUAAGGAUAAAGAGAGAGCAGCAAAGAAGGGUGGCAAAGGAGUUAAAAGAACUAGCAGUCCAUCAACGAAGAAAAGGAAUAGCAGAGUGAGAGAACAAGAGGAGUCUGUGUCCCAAAUACAAG